AAGCAGUUGAUGGAACGGCCCAAGCAGUGAGCAGCUUGCAUUGAAUUGAGUUAAGCUCGCUCAACAAGUUAACUAGUUUGUUACGAGCUGUCGACGAGUACGCAACGUGUGCAAGUUUCUAUAGUAGAUGAAUUUUGGAUUUUAAACGCCUAACAUAGGUGUAUACGCGUGCGUGUAUAUAUGUGUCUGUGUCAACAAAAACCAGCAAUAAAAAUUUGUAUAUAUUGAGCAAUUGGAAAUCAAACGAGUGAAAUCUGUUUUGCAUUUUAAUCACAAAAUGAAUCAACUUCCAUUAAAAGUGUCCACAACUGCGCUGCGUGGCACUGCUGCCAUGCUGCGUGCAAGUCAUAGCAUUUUGCAAGUACAAACCCGUGAGAAUUCGGCCAACGGGGCAACGGCAACUGCCACUCGUAAUUGUCCUCAUCUGGAGCUGACGCCUGUGGCAACAGCGACUUCACACUUUCAUGGCAGCGCCGAGUGGCAAAAUGCUUUGCCCUAUCAGCAUAUACCAGGACCUAAGCCUAUGCCCAUACUGGGCAACACUUGGCGUCUUAUGCCCAUCAUUGGCCAAUAUACAAUAUCCGAUGUGGCAAAGAUCUCGUCGCUGUUGCAUGAGAGAUACGGACGUAUAGUGCGUUUCUCUGGUCUGAUAGGACGGCCAGAUCUACUAUUCAUUUAUGAUGCGGAUGAAAUUGAAAAGUGCUAUCGCAAUGAGGGUCCCACGCCUUUUCGACCGUCGAUGCCCAGUCUGGUUAAGUACAAAAGCGUGGUGCGGAAAGAUUUCUUUGGUGAACUGGGCGGCGUGGUUGGCGUUCAUGGCGAGCCUUGGCGUGAAUUUCGAUCGCGAGUACAAAAACCCGUGUUGCAAUUGUCCACCAUAAGACGCUAUUUGCAGCCACUGGAGCUUAUCACAGAUGAUUUCUUGGCGCGCUGUGAGCAGCUAUUGGAUGAUAAUGAGGAACUACCUCUAGAUUUCGAUAACGAAAUACACAAAUGGUCUCUAGAGUGCAUUGGUCGUGUAGCCUUGGACACACGUUUGGGCUGCCUCGAUUCGAAUCUUUCCGAAGAUUCGGAGCCCCAACAAAUUAUAAAUGCAGCCAAGUAUGCGCUACGCAAUGUGGCCACAUUGGAGCUGAAGGCACCCUAUUGGCGCUAUUUCCCAACGCCACUUUGGACACGCUACGUCAACAACAUGAACUUCUUUGUGGGAGUUUGCAUGAAGUACAUAAAAAGCGCCACGGCACGUUUGAAGACACAAGAUGCCUCGCAGCGAGCUGGGGAACCUUCCCUCCUGGAGAAGGUCAUUAUUUCAGAGAAGGAUGAGAAGAUCGCCACAAUAAUGGCUUUGGACUUGAUACUCGUCGGAAUUGAUACGAUAUCGAUGGCCGUCUGCUCCAUACUUUAUCAACUGGCUACGCGACCUGCGGAGCAGCAAAAGAUUCACGAAGAGCUCAAGCGUCUGUUGCCGGAUGCCAACACACCUUUGAGCAUACCCCUGCUGAACCAAAUGCAUCAGCUGAAGGCCUUCAUUAAGGAGGUCUUUCGUAUGUACAGCACCGUUAUUGGCAAUGGGCGCACGCUGCAGGAGGAUAGCGUUAUCUGCGGCUAUCAGGUUCCAAAAGGGGUGCAGGCUGUUUUUCCUACCAUUGUAACUGGCAAUAUGGAGGAAUAUGUAACUGAUGCGGCCACCUUUAGACCAGAGCGUUGGCUAAAAGCGCAUCAUGGCGGCACGACCGAUAAACUGCAUCCGUUUGCCUCAUUACCAUAUGGCUAUGGGGCGCGCAUGUGCCUAGGCCGUCGCUUUGCUGACUUGGAGAUGCAAAUACUGCUGGCCAAGCUGCUGCGAAACUAUAAGCUAGAGUACAAUCAUCAGCCCUUGGAUUAUGCAGUCACAUUUAUGUAUGCGCCAGACGGUCCAUUGCGCUUCAAAAUGCAACGCAUUUAGUCUUAAUUUGUUAACUACUUAAGUAUUUAGACUUUUUUAACUGAUAUAUGUAUACAAAAAUAAUGGACAGUAAU